AAGCGAGUGCCUGAUACAUUCCCACCCGACGUGAGCUACAGAUAACAUGGCGACUUCGAGUUCCAGAUUCGUCUUGCUCGUCUCCUUUCUGGCCGCACUGUCGCAAGUGCGCAGCCACAAAACUCUUUGCACGAACCAGUUCACCAAUGAGACAUGUCUGAACGCUGCCUAUGACGCUUUGAACAAUAACACCCUGUUUUGGUUCGGCACUGACUACGAUAAGAUGUGUCCAAAUGGUGAAGAUGGUACCCAAAUGUGUGUCAAUCCUCGACCAACCAUGGCAGACUCCAUUAUGAGCCGAAUGUUCGCCGGAAGUAAUGUCACAACAGGCUCGAGACCCUCGAUCAUGGAAAUCUACUAUGCCCGACCUCUUGAACGCAUUUACAAUGGAUGUGGAGCAGAGAUAAGAAUGACAUCCAGUAGUGAGUCCUUCAAGAUUGGUCCACUCAACCCUCACCAAAGGGGCCCAGUUGAGCUGAAGGACAUGCCAACUGUCUCGUGGACUGCCAAGCCUAACGUCAAUUACACUGUAGUAUACUACGACGUUGGCUACUACAUUAUCCACGGCAUCUACAUCAACGCCAACGGUGGAAACAUAACCUUGGGCCAGCCGGUCGUCCCCCACCGCGGCCCCCUGAAUACCCUGUGGAGGCCAAACAUCUAUGUGUGGAUGGUCUUCGAGCAAAGAAAGAACAUGGAACUCAGCGAAGUCCUAGCGUACAUGAACUCAACCAACACCUUCAGGAAUCCGAUGUUUAUGAAAGAUUUUAUAGACAGAUAUAAUCUCUCAGAUCCCGUCAGCUUCAACAUCGUGCGCAGCUGGAGCGACGACUACGCCGCCGUUACCAUGAGAAACAGGCGUGUUCUAAACAGGUGCCCCUACUUCAACCAAAAACGAAUCAAAAGUCUGUUGGACAGCCAUGGUGGUGUGACCUUCAACUUGUCAGCCGAGGCCUCGAUCUCACUUGACCUGCACUACAUGACCCCGGACAUGCGCUUCACCUUCUGCUGUUCCGCAAUGCAGACUGGCGCCGCCAACCUUCACGUGGAUUAUAGGUCUAAGGGAAACAUCAUGGCCGCCAAAGCGAGAACCGAGCCCAUGAUUCAUCUGGUACCAAGAAACCUCUCCUCUAACCUGGAAGGUCAGUUCUUCACGCUGAUGCUGAUCGACCCGACAAAGGAGUUGAAUACUACCACCCCAAACUCCAACGUUCACUGGCUUGUUGUCAACAUCCACGCCGAAAACAUCUCAUCUGGCGAUGUCCUCGUGGAAUACAUGCCCCCAAUGCCACAUGCUACAAAGAACAUGUUUCUGGCGCUACUGUACAAGCAAGCUAACAGAACCGAACAAGUGAAGAACAUCACGGGCCUGUUCGGUUCUGAUUGCCCUCGAAACACCAAGUGCAAGUUCCAGGUCCAGAACUAUGUGACGAUGAACAACCUGGUUCUGAGUGGACUCCGUCAGCUGGACGUGGAACAGGAUGACUACAACAGACUCCAGGAAGUGAAGAAAGGGAUGAAACCCGUAAAAGAUGCAUGUCGAGGCAGGGCUGGGUACGGCGACCCUUGCCCAAUAGGAACAGGACAUCCUUUGAAAUCCUCCUACGUUGCGAUCUAUGCCUUGGCGUUGCUCACUGUUGUCUGUCAGAAGGCCUUCUAAAAGUCGGCCAUUUUCUUUCCGCUUCUGUAACAAGGAUGCAUUUAAAAGAGAGACUGGGCUCUGUGGCUUGAUUCUAAACAUUGUAAUUCACUGAAUAAAAAAAGAUGUAUUUAAUACCCAAUAGAUAAUAAUAAAAAUAUUGUGUGCAUUUAUACUGCGCCAAACUCCAGGCACAGAGUGCUUGCUCAUGGCGCUACAGACAACAUGAAGUCAUUG